GCAACACAUCGCCAUGGCUCCCCCACACCUCACUAGCUCGACCAAGCCGAUCCCCUCUCUCGAUCACUCUCAACUAAUUCUCUCAACCUCAGCUGAUCAUCGGAGAUGGUUCACCGGGCGGCGGCGGACGGCGCGCGGCGGCGGCUGCGGCGGCAGCUGUCAAUGCCGGGAUCAGGGAGGCCGCAGCAGCAGACGAAGGAGGCGUCGGCAGCGCUGGUGCGGCUGCCGUGCAACAAGGGGAAGGCGUCGCGGUUCAAGCGGAGCUGCUUCAGCGAGGAGGACGACGCCGCGUCCGUCGCGUGCGUCGUCUGCGCGCCGUCCCUCCCUCUCAUUAAUUAGUUAAUUAGUCAUCACUCUCUCUCUCUCUCUCUAUGAUCUAGUUGAUUAAUUAAUCAGUCAGUGAAUCACACUUGGAGGCUACUGUACUCGCUAGUUUGAUCCUCGCAGCUGGUAAUCUUGUAGUGGCAUUAAUUAAUGUGCGUGUGUGUUUGUGUAUGUGUUGCGGUAAUUAAAUGGUGAUAUAUAUAAUUCGUCCUGUCCGUCGAAUCCUC